UGCAGAUGAAGGCCAAUAAUUUGUAGAUAAAUUGUUUUAACUAAUUAAAUGCUUGAAUGAAAAAGCAUUUCUGUUAUGUUUUUAUCAACUGCUUCUAUAGCAACAAGAAACUUAGGUGUUUUACUACAUAUUUCCUAUCUAUCGACAGAAAGGACUAAUGGAGGAUGUGCGAAAAGUUUUGAAAAAAUACGAUAAUCAGGAAAAACAAAUCGACGAAGAACUUGCUAUAACAAUUCAAGGUGCCUCAGGGGAUAAUUCCAACAAAACACAUAGAAGGGAUAAUCUCCCAACAACAGAAGAAGCCAAGACAAGAAAUAAGGGAAUUAUAAUGGAACUUGAAUCCAUAAAAGGCAAUUUACGAUCAAAGGCGAUAUUUAGUCCCAUUUGUUCAGAAAAGACUGCAGAAUCUUUUGAUGAUAAUAGUUUUUCAGGUAGUGAUAAAAUAAGCGACAUACGUUAUCAAUAUUAA